AACAGUUGCCUUUCAGUACGCGGGCCCCUGAAGUGUUCUUACAUUGGCCCAGGAGGACGGUCAAAUCCACAGUGACAUCGGACUUACCCCUCUUGCAGCGCAUCAUUAGAUGAUCUGUAGAUCGGCCAGAAGUCUGUCUCCUCAACAUGGUUAUUCCUGGUUCUCGUUAUAUCGAGGAAAAAAUGUAUCAUCCUCCGCUUGACUUGCAGAAAGAUGCACAUGUGCCUGAUUUCAACUCCUAUCUGGAACUUUACAGAAAGUCUGUGGAGAAUCCAGACGCCUUCUGGAAAGGGAUCGCGGAUGAGUUUUUUUGGAAGAAGCCAGCAACAGGACCAAUAAUGCAGCACAACUUUGACGUGACUAAAGGCAACAUUUUCAUCAAAUUCAUGGAGGGAGCAAAAACCAACAUCUGCUACAACGUCCUGGACAGGAACGUGAGAGACAAGAACCUGGGUGAAAAGGUAGCCUACUACUGGGAGGGGAACUCUCCCGACCAGACCAUGGUCAUCACCUAUGGCCAGAUGUUGGGUCAGGUGUGCAGGUGUGCCAAUGUCCUGAAGAAGUUGGGUGUAAAAAAGGGGGAUCGAGUGGCUAUCUACCUUCCUAUGAUCCCAGAGUUGGUGUACACCAUGCUGGCCUGCGCCCGGAUAGGAGCCGUCCACUCCAUCGUGUUUGCAGGCUUCUCCUCUGAGAGUUUGUGUGAGAGGAUCGUUGACGCCCAGAGCUGUGUGUUGGUGACAGCAGACGGUGUAUACCGAGGAGAGAAACUGGUCAACCUGAAACAGAUAGCAGAUGAGGCUCUGGAGAAGUGCAUGGAGAGAUCAUCGCCCUGUGUCACAAAAUGUCUGGUGGUCAAACACCAGGGGCUCAGGUCUCAAAACGGAGGGGCCUGCAAUGGACUGCAGACGUCCUGGGACAGUGGGUGUGACGUGUGGUGGGACGAGGCCAUGCGGGACGUCCCGGAGGAGUGUGACCCUGAGUGGAUGGAUGCUGAGGAUCCCCUCUUCAUCCUCUACACCAGCGGCUCCACCGGAAAGCCCAAGGGUGUUCUCCACACGGUGGCCGGCUACCUGCUCUACACAUCGCUGACCUUCAAGUGUGUCUUUGAUCAUCGCCAUGACGACGUGUACUGGUGCACCGCCGACAUUGGCUGGAUCACAGGCCACUCCUACAUCACCUACGGCCCGCUGGCCAACGGCGCCACCAGUGUCCUGUUUGGGGGCGUCCCCGUCCACCCACACGUAGGGCGUUACUGGGAGCUCAUUGAGAAAUACAAAGUGACCAAGUUCUACACGGCGCCCACCGCCCUCCGCCUGCUGAUGAAGUACGGACACGAGCCUGUGGAGAAGUACGACCUCUCCAGCCUGAGGAUUCUGGGUACUGUGGGAGAGCCCAUCAACCCAGAGGCGUGGCACUGGUACUACGAGGUGGUCGGCCGAAGCCGCUGCCCCGUGGUCGACACCUUCUGGCAGACAGAGACGGGAGGUCACGUUCUGACCCCGCUGCCCGCUGCCACGCCUCUGAAACCUGGAUCGGCUACAUUCCCUUUCUUUGGGGUGGAACCGGCCAUCCUGAACGAACACGGAGAGGAACUGGAAGGAGAGGCUGAGGGUUAUCUGGUGUUCAAGCGACCGUGGCCAGGAAUCAUGCGCACGGUGUACAAGAACCACGAGCGCUUUGAGAACAUUUACUUCAAGAAAUUCCCUGGCUUCUAUGUGACUGGUGACGGUUGCAGGCGAGAUAAAGACGGUUAUUACUGGAUCACAGGCAGAAUAGACGACAUGUUGAACGUAUCAGGUCACCUGAUGAGCACGGCGGAAGUGGAGGCCGCCCUGAUGGGCCACCUGUCGGUCGCGGAGGCAGCGGUGGUGAGCCGGCCCCACAAGGUGAAAGGGGAGUGCCUGUACUGCUUCGUGAGCCUCAAGGACCACCUGGAGUUCACCCCCUCCCUGGAGGGGGAGCUGAAGAGGCUGGUGAGAGAGAAGAUUGGACCGAUCGCCACACCGGACUUCAUCCAGAACGCCCCCGCACUCCCAAAAACUCGCUCAGGGAAGAUCAUGCGGAGGAUCCUGAGGAAGAUCGCCCGCAGCGAGAGUGACCUGGGCGACCUCUCCACCCUAGCAGACCCCAAGGUGGUGGAGGUCCUACUCAGCCAGAGAUCCCAGGCCUUAGGCUGAAAGAGUCCUUUCCCAGGUCGCUGUAGUGUAGUUCUGUCAAAGGGACGUCUCCUCGCAGGGUCUUCCAGGAGCUCCGUUCUGUAGUUCAGCCUCAGACUGUUUUUUUUAACGUUGGGUUCACCGGUGUCCACAAUUAAUUCCCUCUGCGUCUCUUUUUCAUGUCCCCUUUACUAAAUGAACAUCUUUUUUUACCUUGUUUUAAUUUUUCUUGACAGGCACUUAACACAAAUAUCAUUCAUGGUUGUGGGGGUGGUGAUGGAGAUAAUGAUGAGGUUAAAAGAGGCAAACACACAAGCUGUGGCGAAUAUUUCUCACAAUCUUGACUUAGUGACCUCAUAUUGAUAUCACUUUUCAAAAUGUAAUCUUAAAAUGCCAGUAAUGAUAUAGGUGUUUCUUUUAAACAUGAAGGGAGAAAAUAAUUAUUUUCUCCAUCGAAGCAUCUACUUGUCAAAAAACAUUCAUCUUCGUUCAAUUGUGUGCAGUAUAUUUUAAUGACUACUGAUGAUUAUUUUGUUAUGACUUGCAAAUAAACUUUUUAAUAUUUA